GAACCUGAAGGUCUUAGAUGGGUUGGAGAAAGCUCUUGCCUCCAAAAACACCCCCUGCUCUCUCUCCGGGUUCUUUUCCAGGUGCUCAAUCCCUUCUACAUCUUCCAAGUGUUCAGCAUCGUGCUGUGGGUCUGCGAUGCCUAUUACUACUACGCCGCCUGCAUCUUCCUCAUCUCCACCAUCUCCUUAGGGUUGUCCCUCUACGAGACGAGGAAGCAAAGCUCCACGCUACAAAACAUGGCCAAGAUGUCAGUCGGUGUCCGUGUCCGUCGUCCUGGUGGAGAGGAGAUGGUGGUGAGCUCCGUGGACCUUGUGCCAGGUGAUUGCAUCAGCCUCCCCACCGAUGGGACGCUGGUUCCUUGUGACGCCGCGCUGCUGACGGGCGAGUGCAUGGUCAACGAGAGCAUGUUGACGGGGGAGAGCGUGCCGGUGAUGAAAACCCCUCUCCCAGCUGGCAGCCAGGCAGCCAGCACCAUCUAUUCCCCUGAGGAGCACAGACGUCACACGUUGUUCUGUGGGACACAGGUCAUCCAAGCCAAGUCCUACAUGGGCAGCGACGUUCUGGCCGUGGUGACACGAACAGGGUUUUGCACAGCCAAAGGGGAUCUCAUCAGCUCCAUCCUCUACCCCAAACCUGUCAGCUUCAAGUUCUACAAGGAUGCUGUGAAGUUCAUCCUGUUCCUCGCCAUCCUGGCUUUUAUCGGCACGCUCUACAGCAUCCUCAUCUUGGUUAAAAACCAGGUCCCUGUAGGGCAAAUCAUCAUCCGUGCCCUUGACCUGGUCACCGUCAUUGUGCCUCCAGCUCUCCCAGCUGCCAUGACAGUGGGCACCAUCUACGCCCAGAACAGGUUGAAGAAACGAGGCAUCUUCUGCAUCAGCCCUCCCCGUAUCAACCUCUGCGGGAAGAUCCGCCUGGUUUGCUUCGACAAGACAGGAACCCUGACAGAGGAAGGUCUGGAUGUCUGGGGGGUGGUUCCACUGGAGAACAACUACUUCAUGCCCAUCAUCCAUGAGCCCCGUUGCCUGCCCGCUGGUUCCUUGCUUUAUGCCCUGGCCACUUGCCACACCGUCUCACUGCUGCGGGCACAACCCAUUGGAGACCCAGUGGACCUCAAGAUGGUGGAGUCCACUGGCUGGCACCUGGAGAUGAUGGAGGAGGAGGAAGGUGAACUACUCAACUUCCAGCAGUUUGGGACAAAGGUUUUAGCUGUGAUGAAACCUCCACCUGAGGAAGAACAGCCACGAGACAGGAAGCACCAGUCACCCGUGGGGAUCCUCCGGCGUUUCCCCUUCUCCUCCUCCUUGCAGAGGAUGAGCGUCCUGGUGAAGCUGCCUGGUGAAGACUCAACCCAUGUCUACAUCAAGGGUGCACCAGAGAUGGUGGCCAGCCUUUGCAGGAAGGAAACAGUGCCCAUGGAUUUCUCCCAGAUGCUGCGACACUACACCACCGAUGGCUUCCGGGUCUUGGGUUUGGCUUGCAAACCCUUGAGCAAGGUGACAACCUUCGAGGAGGCCCAACAGCUCCCGAGAGACUCUGUGGAGAGCAACCUGACCUUCUUGGGGUUCCUUGUCAUGAAAAACGUCCUCAAACCAGAGACUACCCCCGUGAUUCACCUCCUGAGGAACGCCAACAUCCGCCCCAUCAUGGUGACAGGAGACAACAUGCUGACGGCCGUCAACGUGGCCAAGAGCUGCCGCAUGGUGGAGCCGAAAGAGCAGGUGAUCUUCGUCAACGCCUCCCCACCCAGCCAGGACAAACCUGCUGCUCUGAAAUUCAUCCUCGCCGAGCACUCCCAGGGUGAAGAGCAGCUGGAGGGUCUGCACCAGCGGGACAGCUGCUUCCUCCAGCCACAGCUCUGCCACUUCGCCCUCAACGGCAAAUCCUUCGCCGUGGUUUGUGAGCACUUCCCCGACCUGCUGCCCAAGAUCCUCAUCCAAGCCACUGUGUUCGCCCGCAUGUCCCCUGAGCAGAAGACUCAGCUGGUGUGCAGCCUGCAAGAGCUCAA